AUGUAUGCAGAUUCUGGCUUAAUGCUUUGUUACAUGCAAAACUGUUCUCCAGAUAUUCACCAAUUCGAAGACCUCUUCAAAUCAUACAAGCUCUCCGAUGAAAUGAACACUUUUGUUGAGUCAUCAAACAUCAUACCUGAGUAUGACAUUGGAGAAGAAGGAGAUCUGUUCAAAGCACCUGAUCCAAUUCUUGAAGAGCCAAUCUUGCCCGUUGAUUCACUCUCAGCUGCUUUGACGAUGAUCGACACUUCACAAGGGCUUUGUGAGCUUCCUGAUCUUGAUCUCGGUGGUCAACAGCUUUUGGACAAAGCCUUUUAUGAAUGUGAGCAAGAUCUCAUGAUGAAAUCAGCAAUGGAGUCUCCUUUCUCCGAUGUUCUAGACAUCAAGAACAUCUCUGUUGUGACGAAUGAGAACAGCCAGGAUAUUCAGAAGAGCGUGAGCUCGGGGAAUUUGAGCUCUAUGGAUUGGUCACAUGCACAGCAAGAGAGUGCUGUUGUGAUUCAGAAGUUACCUGACUUUGCUCAGCUGGAUUUUGGUUCUGUUUAUGGGAUGCGAAGAGCCUUUAGUGAAGGCGACAUAGAGAAACUUGGGAAUGGUCUUGCAGCUCAAUCUCCAUUGGAUAGGAUCAUUGUGAGCUGUACUUCGGAAGAUCGUCGUGAGAAGCUUUCUCGAUACAGGAACAAGAAGAGCAGGCGCAACUUUGGGCGUAAAAUCAAGUAUGCAUGUAGGAAAGCUCUUGCGGAUAGCCAACCGAGGAUCCGAGGAAGGUUUGCGAAGACAGAGGAGAGGAAAUAG